AUGGCGUCCCAGGGCCCCAUAACCACGCCCCUAACGACCCUCCUAGGGAUCCAACACCCGAUCCUCCUAGCCGGCAUGGCGCGCACCUCGGGCGGCCUCCUCGCAGCCGCCGUCUCCAACGCCGGCGGGCUAGGCGUGAUCGGCGGCUUCAUGUACACGCCCCCGCAACUACGCUCCAUAAUCGCCGAGAUGAAGUCCGCCUUCGUCUCGCCCGACCUGCCGUUCGGAAUCGAUCUCGCUCUCCCCCAAGUCGGCGGCUCCGCGCGCGCCACCAACCACGACUACACGCACGGCAAGCUCGACGAGCUGAUCGACAUUACGAUUGAAAGCGGCGCGCGGCUUUUCGUUAGUGCUGUUGGCGUGCCGCCCGUGCAUGUGAUUGAGCGCCUGCACAAGGCGGGGAUUUUGGUGAUGAAUAUGGUGGGGCACCCGAAGCACGCGGCCAAGGCGCUCGACGCGGGGGUGGAUAUGGUGUGUGCGCAGGGCGGCGAGGGCGGCGGACACACGGGGGAUAUAGCGAAUUCGGUCCUGAUCCCGGCCGUCGUGGACGUGGCGCGGAAAUACUCGCCGCCAGCCCUGAAAGGCGUGAGCGGCACGGCGCUCGUGGUGGCGGCGGGCGGGAUCUCGAAUGGUAGAGGGUUGGCAAGCAGUCUGAUGCAGGGCGCGACGGGCGUCUGGGUCGGCACGCGGUUCGUGGCGAGCGACGAGGCGAAUUGUUCUGAAGAACACAAGCGCGGCGUCGUCGAGUGCGGGUUCGACGGCACGGAGCGCACGCUCGUGCUCAGCGGGAGGCCGCUGCGCAUGCGCACGAAUGAGUAUAUCGCCCGGUGGCACGCGCAGCCGGCGAAGGUGAAGGAGCUGUGCGAUAAGGGCACCGUGCCGAUUGAGUGGGAUUUCGAGCAGGGGAACGAGGUCGAUCCGCCGCACCUGAUGGGCCAGGUUGCUGGGGCUAUUGACAAGAUACAGCCGGCGGGCGAGAUUGUAAGGGAGAUGGUCGGGGAGGCGGUGGAGAUGUUGAGGGUUGGGGGCAGCUAUCUGGGCGGCGGUGGGGAGGCGCGGAGUAAGCUAUGA